AUGUUGAAAAGUUCAGGAAAUAAGUUUGCAUAUUUUUCAGCUUCAUAAAUUUUUCAGAUAUUUCAAUUGCGUUUUUAUCUAACAAUUAAAACAACAUAAACAUUGAUUAAGAAUUUGUUUUUUUAAUUAAAUUGUCAAAUCCCUUUUAUUAGUAAUUUAUAAAGUGUAAAAUAGUUACGAUUAGUUUAUCUCAAUUAGUUAAUGUUGUUAAACGUUGAUUAUAAAUUAUCAAUUAAAGUGUGAAAAAUAACCGAAAAAGUGUCAUCAUGUUUUCGGGUUAUUUAAAUUUCAUCAAUUUAAUUGUGAUUUUGUUGAGUUUUUUUGUGGUGAAAAAACUUUUCGAUUUCAUCAGAUACUUGAAACCUUUUUUAAAACUUCCAAAGGAUCCAGAAUGUUCAUUCCUAUUUGGUGAUCUACUUACACUUAAAUCUGCUUUUUUGAAUAAGAAAUUGACAUCAAUUUAUUUAACCAAGUAUUUAAUUGAAAAUGCUGCUUAUCAUCAAAUUAAAUCCGGUGUACAUGUAUUUUGGCUCGGGUGGUGGCCCUUUGUUUUCAUUAAUGAUCACAAGUCUGUUGAGGCACUGAUUAGUAAAAGUCACAUAACUAAGCCCUAUUUAUAUGGAUUUAUUGGACUAAAGGAAGGGUUGGUCACUUCGAAAGGUGAAAAGUGGAAAAUGCGACGAAAAAUGAUUGAGCCUUUUUUCGUUAGUAAACAACAGAAAAGAUUUGCAGUAACUAUGGACGAAGUGUUUGAUUCGUUGAUAAAUAAGGACGAUUUUUGUGAAGAGGGAAAAUACUCAACGUUAGCUGAUCAAAUUCAUCUAUCAACAUUCGAUAUCAUCUUUAAAGUAACCGCAGAUUUACCGAUAGGCGCUGAAAGAGAGGAAAAACUUCAUAUGAUGGAUGCCAUCGAAUUCAUGGAAAUGAUAAUGAUAGAGAGAGCAUGUAAUCCACUUUAUUGGAUAGAUCGCAUUUUCUUUUUAACGAAAUUGGGUAAAAAAGUUACCAGCAUGACCAGCAGAGGUUACAAAUUUUUCGAAAGCGUUGUUAACAGAAAUCUUGACGAAAACUCCAAUAAAAUUGAGUCGAGUACACUUUCAUCAUUAAAUUUGGUGAAUAUGUUAGCUGGUUCUAGCCGAGGUAAAAUCGAUUCAGAAGGAAUAAGCGAAGAGCUGUUGACAACGGCUGCAGCGGGACACGAGACCACGGCCACUGCUCUCAACUUGAUACUGUUCAUCUUAGGAAACCGGCCUGAGAUCCAAGAAAAGUUAUAUCAAGAAAUUUCAUCGGUGUUUGAUAACAAUGACUCAGUCAAUGAUAUUGAAAAGGUUAAUAAGUGUAAUUAUCUGGAUAAGUGUAUCAAAGAGUCAAUGAGACUUUACCCACCAAUACCAUUGAUAGCAAGAGAAUUAGAUGAACCAAUGGAGAUUAACAGUUACUAUUUGCCAAAAGGAACCACUGUCGGGGUCAACAUUUUCAGCAUUCAACGAGAUCCUCGAAUUUAUCCCAACCCGACUCAAUAUGAUCCAGAGCGUUUUGAUCUAUCAAAUUUACCAAACAUUCCCAAAGGAGCUUAUAUACCUUUCGGAGUAGCACCAAGAAAUUGUAUCGGUUAUCGAUUUGCUUUAAUCGAAAUGAAAAUUUUUCUUAUUCAUUUGAUAAGAAGAUAUGAAAUUUUCUCAGCCAAGAAACUCGAAGACGUUUCUUUUAGAACGGAAUUCACUUUAAAACCCUCAUGUCCACUGGAAAUCAUGCUUCGAAAACGAAAUCUCAUGCUCGCUUAUGCUGAUGAUAAUUUGAAAUUUCCUGAAACGACAACUUCAACAAUUCCGUUGUAUUUGAAUAAAUGGAGCGCGAUUAGUCCCAAGGAUGGUCUUAAACUUAUUUUUGAGACAAUUUUAGUACAGGCCAACACCAUUGAUCGUGCAUCUUUCCCAUUUAAUCAAGAGUUUUGUCCAAAUGAGAGAGUUGCCUUUGAUACUUUUCGUAGAGAUAACUAUUAAUAAUAAAUAAAAGUGAAUGCAACUUAUUUGGGACACCAUGAUGCUCUGACCCAGGCCAACUUUUUACAAGCUGUCCGAUGGUAUAAACAGAUAUGUCAUAAACUCGCGAGUUUUAAUGUUAUUCAAGUUUCUUUAUUUAUUAUUACUGAUAUAACAUGAGGCAAAUAAUGUGCGAUUUACACCAAGUAGAUCCAAUUAGUACAAUUUCAGCCCAUUUUCAUACGGAUAAGAGUAAUGUCAAUUCUUGUAUGAUUAACAAUUUCAUUAACUAUAAAAUGUAACUUUUGGCAUUCAUGUAAUUCAUGUAAUUUAUUAGCACAUUCACGCGAUUCAUGGACUUUUGGCCUCUUUUCCCAUCAUAUGCAAGUCCAACAAUGUGAUCGAUUCUUGUCAAUGGCUCUCUGUGCUCAGGUUAGUACGAAAACAAAUUAGUUAUUAAUUUAACAUGAUCGACUUGUAGAGUAAGAUUUAUGUUCUUAAUUAAUAUUAAAAUGAAUAAUUUUCAGUCCAGAUUGUGGUCAUUUCGAGUCUCGCUGAAACCGUUUUCAUCAGUUUUACUCUGAUCGCGCGUAUAAGGAUCAUGACAAGACUCAAGUGUGUAAUAAUUUAGAUUGAUCAGACUAGUAAAUUUAAUUUCCACUGAAACAUUUGAAUCAACUUCAUUUACGAUAAGAAAAAUUCAAGGUAAAUCCAAAUAAUGAGGAGACUUAAUGAUAAACCAGUUAAUAUGAAACUCUAAUUAAUAGAAAAUAAAAGGAUAUUUCAAGGUCGAAUCAGAUUCCUUCGUAAUCGCCUCUUACUACUUACGUGUUUGAUUGCGAUGGGUUAACAUUAAAUUUCAAUUCAGGUGCUCAGAAUUUGUUUAUUUCAAUCAGUCAAUUUCUUGUAUAUUUUUCUUGAAUAGUCAAAAUUUGUUUAUUGAGUGUGAAAAUAUUAUAAAUAAUGGAUAAUAUUAUCAUGUUUUUCAGUGAAGUGAAUUUCAUCAAUAAAUCGCUCAUCAAUUUAAUUGUGGUUUUAUUGUUUUUUUUUGCGAUGAAAAAACUUUUCGAUUUGUUCAAUUAUUUAAACUAUUUUUUUAAACUUCCAAAGGACCCAGAAUGUUCAUUCCUAUUUGGUGAUUUACCUAAAUUUAAAUCUGCUUAUUGGGAUAGUAAAUUGUCAUCAAGUAAGUUGAGAGUUUUGCUUGAUGUUAAAACAUAAUCCCAAAUGACAAUUAACUAAAUAAAAUUACGACUUUGGACAAUAAUUUACCAUCAACAGUUAACUUGGUCAAUUUUCUCACUUCGAAUGCUUCAAAUCACCAAAUCAAAUCGGGCUUACAUGCACUUUGGCGGGGAUGGUGGCCUUUGGUUGUUAUUAAUGACCACAAAUCUAUUGAGGCUUUGACAAGUAAAAGUCACAUAACUAAG